GUAUUUAUGCCAACUUCAACUGAAUUUUUAUCCAAGUCGAAACGAGAAGAAUGCUGGAGAUCACGUGAUGCUUAUUGGGAGUGCGUUACUAGCCUAUCCUCGGAAAAUCCUGAACCUGAUGAAAAGCUGAUAAAAAAACGAUGUGGUAGUCAAAGAAAAGCUUAUGAAGCUUCUUGUCCACAAACAUGGAUUAGCCUAUUCGAUAAGAAAAAAGAUUUUGAAUUAUUCAAAGCAAAGAAAUUUGAAGAGCGGUUGAAACAAAGUAUUAGUUGAGUUGAUAAUGAUGAGGUGAACUGCACUGAUAAUUUGCAAAUUUAUCAUUGUGUAAUUACGCAAUAUUAUUUAUGUAUUACGAUAGAUGAUAUACAUAUAUUUAAUAUAGAAUUAACUUUGAACGACAAUAUGGUGAGGUGUCUUUUUCAUUUUUACUAUUUAUUUACUACUACUACUACU